AUGUUUGUUUGCAUCCUUGUGCCUACUGCUCUCUGCCAUGCUCGCCCGACACCUCGUCUUGCUACGCAUGUCAAAUGCACUGGCAACCCUGGGAAUGGACCGUGUAGCAACUGUUCCAGAUUAGAGCUCACUUGUAGCUUUGCCGCAUCUCCUAGUGCUUCUAAAGAAGAAAAGGUCUCCCGAACGACACCAUCUCACAGCCAUACAGAGGCCGGUACGCUGCGGAAGAGAGCGCAAAGGGCCUGCAGUCAAUGUCAUACGCACAAAACUAAAUGCUCCGGAGACCUGCCCAAGUGUAAGCGAUGCGAGGCUGCGAAUCUAGUCUGCGAGUACACUCCAACCAGGCGGCGGUUUACCAACGUUCGAUUCCACAGCCCAAAAGCAGAGAGCCAGGCUCCUUCUGCCUUGCAGCCUGUCAAAUCAGAGGAAAAUACAGCCAUCAGUCCCGCGAGCAGCAGCAGUGCCAGCAUUCCUCCAUAUCUCCUCGAUUCAGCAAACCUUCAGGCCGAAGACAUGCUACUCAGAAGAGACGUUAUUCUCACACACUUGGACGCAUAUUUCGACUUCUUAUAUAUGGUACCGAGUCUAGGAUUCUUACAUCCAGAAGUCACCUAUCGAGAUGUUCAGGAGAACAGAUUCCCUCCAGCUCAAGCAGCCGCCGUAUGCUCUGUAGCUAGUUUCUUCGUAAAUCCGGGUCCCGCCGGCCGAGAGUUUGGAAAAAGGUGCAGCCAGCAGGUCGAAAUGCAUAUUUCCCGUAACAUCGACAAGUUUUCUGAAAACGCUCUCUUUCUAUUUGCACUAAACAUCCUUUACCACAUUCUCGCGGGUUCGCACGCCAAAGUUUGGCAGUGUUUUGGCGUGGCUUCCAGGCUCAUGAUUGGCUUGCAGUUGAACUGGGAUGUUUCGUCGAAGCAUUCGACGUUUAUCCAACAGGAAUGCCUCCGAAGGAUUGCAUGGCAGCUUUUCAGCCUUGAUCGUCUGCUGGCGGGCGGUUACGACGAGUAUAUCGCUUGUCGAGCUGACUACAUGAAGAUAAGACUACCUUGCAACGAGACAGCUUUCAGAGAGAAUCGGCCAGUCGUUGCAGAAAGAUUGCAUGACAAGCCUGUUCGCUGCUCGCCCGCUCUCGGUCUGCACGGUAUUCAAAUUCUUCUCGUCGAUCUUCGCCACCGGAUACAAGUAACUACAAAAAAGCUAGCUGCACCUUCUGGAUCAGCCAUAGCCCUCGAGCCGUCAAAGGUUAUGGCGGAUAUUGCCGCGUUACAAAGCGAGCUGACGCGAUUUCACGUUUCUAUACAUGAUGAACUACGACUGACUGAUCAGAGCAUGGCUCGAUAUGCCGCCUCGACCCAAUGGAGAGGAUAUUGCUUCUUUCACACGCACAUGGCCGUGAGCCACAUUGAUCUCUAUCGAUUCUCAUUGCCAGGUCCGCGAACUCCAGCCUCAAUCGAGAUUCUUCGAAAGCUUCCACCAGAUUUUAUUGCCCGGUGUCAAAAGCAAGCGGUGGCCCACGCCAUGAGCCUAGCCCGAUUUUUAGAUGCGAUCAAGAUCGAGACAGACAAGAUGCAAAAUCCGGGCAGCCCUAAGCUCGUGGGUGACUACUCAGUUGCGCACAUGGCUACUCAAUGUAUUCGAGUCCUGCUCAUCGCUUUGCAAUACAACCUGUAUGAGAAUUUGAGCGACACUACUGCGCCAACUUGGCGAGGAGCCGAGACUAGCGAAGCGCAGAUUAAAUCGUUGAUCGAUACUAUCAUGGGAAUUACCGAAGCGUGGGCCGAAAUAUUUGACAUGGCUAAGCAAGCUCACGAGUGUAACAAAAUGAUGGUAGAGGACUUUUACAAGAAUGGGAGGAUACUCGAUCGAGGUAAUGCAGUCGUGAUUGCCGGGCAAGAGCCAGUCGAGGACAAGUUUCUAUUUGGAUCCGAUGUUCUUAUUGAACGAUUGAACGUCCCUGACGUGAAAGAGGAACAGAGGAGCCGAGCCGCGAACAUGCCCGUAUCCGACUGGUGGAUGGGACCAUCGACUCCAAAGCAGUCAUCGAAAGAUUCAUCGCCAAUAACGAUCCCGUACCAUCGUUCGGAAGUGGGCCUUGAUCACGACUAUGGACCGCCUGGCCUACCCAUGUUUCUCGCCCAGGCGCGCAACGUAUCAAUGGGUGUCUGCGAUAUAUACGACGCCGAGACGGCAGCCGGCAUGCAGCCACCAGAGAUGAUGGCGAUGAUGCCUAACAAUUACCAGAUGGUGCAAACAGAAGUCAUGAGCGAAGGCGGCGGGAUGCCCAUGCUACGUAUAGAAGAUGCUAUGUCUAGCCAAGCCAUAUAUCGACAGGAUAUUGCGCCUAUGCAACCGCAGCCUUAUCUUCCAUCACAUCAGGGGAUGAUGAUGAACGGAUACGUACCGCCGCCGUAUCCCGGAAGCCAUACCAAUACGUCCGCGUACACACAGCAAAACACUUUCAACUAA